AUGGUCACUACAAGUGAUCAAGAGGAUGAAGACGAGCAAAGCAACCUCUCCCAACAGCCUAAAAACAACUCAACAGAGGAGGAGGAUAGAGAUCACCAAGAACCAGAAAUCUCACAACAAGAGUUGCUGAAGCUCUAUGCACCAUUUCCCCAACUGCUCAAUGGUGCUGUAGGGAAGAGAAUAUACUCAAGGUUCCUAUACUUGUUUGCAUCUCUGCAUGUGAACAUACCAUUCAUCAAGGCCAUACAACAAAUGCCUGCAUUCAUCAAGUACAUGAAGGAACUUCUUCUCAGGAAAAGCUCACUCAAAGAAGGCCAAACUAUAGUGUUAAAUAAGGAAUGCAGUGCCCUUAUUCAACCUGAAUUGCCUCCAAAAAGAAGAGACCCAGGGAGUUUUCACAUCCCCUGUGCCAUAGGGGAAACAAUGUUUGAUAGAGCACUCUGUGAUUUAGGGGCAAGCAUCAACUUACUGCCCCUAUCCCUGGCGAAGAGGCUGCAGAUCAAUGAGAUAAUGUCCACAGAUGUGGUCAUCAGACUGGCUGACAAAACUCAAAAGCAAGCAAUAGGAGUGGUGGAAAAUGUGUUACUAAAGGUUGGAAAAUACUUUCUCCCAACAGACUUUGUCAUCCUGGACAUGGAAGAGAGUCACACUCACCCAAUCAUAUUGGGAAGACCCUUCCUAGCUACGGCCAGAGCACUCAUAGAUGUAGAGAAAGGGGAGCUAAUAUUGAGGAUCCAUGAUGAACGGCUCAGCUUUAAUGUCUUCAAACUCUCACAAGAAGUAGACCAAGAGCACAAGGAACCAAGUAAAGAUCAUGAUGAGAUGCUGAAGGAGGAAGCAAGCACUGAAGUACACCCAACCUAUCUGGAGACUCCUUUGGUUGAUAAACAAGGGAAACAGCAACUACCACCGCUCAAGGAAUAG